CCCAAGUCUAUUCCGUCACGUCAUUGACGUAGUUGUCAACCUCGGCAUCGUAUACAAAUGAGUAAGUGUCGUCUCCCUUACGCGCAUCUGCGGAGAUGUUUUCACGAUAAGGUUGAAAAGUGUUCCUAACAAUGAUGUAUAGAAGGAGAUAUUUCUGAUGGUGAUAUUAGCUCACUGUUAUAUGUACUUACACCCAUAGUGGACUAUUUCAUGUACCGCUUGAGAUCAUACCAUUUCCCACUUCACUCCUUGCCUUCAGCGACCGCCUUCUGAGCCUCGACGUCCUCCUUCAGCUUCGCCCCCUCCUCAGUCCACGGCUCCAACUUCUUCACUUUCUUCACAACUCGAGCCGGACUACCCACAGCAACACACCACCCCUCGAUAUCCUUCGUAACUACACUCCCUGCUCCAAUCGUAACUCCAUCCCCAAUUUUCACACCAGGCAUAAUAACCACAUGCCCGCCACACCAAAAAUCAUCACCAAUCACCACACUCCCCGCAUACUCUAUAUCGUUCCUUCUAGACUCCACCUCGACCUCAUGCGUGGCAGCAAAGAUGCUCACAUUAGGCCCAAACAUGGCGCGCGCCCCAAUCGUGACGAGCCCGCAGUCGAGGAUUGUGAGGUUGAAGUUAGCAUAGAAGCGUGGACCAAUGCUGAUAUUGCAGCCGUAGUCGAUGCGAAAGGGGGUCUCGAUGAAAGGGUCUGGUCCGACAGAGCCAAUGAUGUUUUCAAGCUGUGUUUUCCGCUCCGCGGCGAGAGAGUCGAAGUCUGCAGCAGGAUCGGUGUCAGGAAACCAGUUGUUGUAUUUGUGGGCCCAGGCGCGGGCCCUGAAGCGUGCCGCCUUGAGUUCGGGCGUGAAGGGGUCGUAGCUGUAGAUGACGUGAGCGUCGGAGAGGUGGGUCGAUAGGAAGGGAGGUGAAGAGUGAUAUGGGAGGAUGGGUUGACGCGACGUACAGCAUGCCUGAGAUCAUGCGCUCAUAGUGAUCACACCAAGGGACGUGAUUCAAUGUUUUUGCCAGAGCAAUCUGCUCCGGGUCCUUCUUGGUUGAAGCCAUGGCGGCGGCUCAGCUGGAAUGACGUAUAGGAGAGACAGUGAUGGUUGAACUGGAACUCAAGUACAACUUCUCCAGAUCUCCGGGUCACGGUUUAUAAGCGCAAUUGCAUAUAUAUAUAUAUACGAUUUUAGCACUACAAAGACCGGGAGUGAUAGCGAGGAAGCUCCUUUGA